AGCCCACCCUGGGGGUCCCCUCCACCAUCUCCCGGUAUACAGACCACCCUGGGGGUCCCCUCCCCCAUCUCUCGGUAUACAGCCCACCCUGGGGGUCCCCUCCACCAUCUCCCGGUAUACAGCCCACCCUGGGGGUCCCCUCCCCCAUCUCUCGGUAUACAGAUCCCCUUUACUGGCGCGGCUCUCUGCUCAGUUGGCACAUAAUAUAGGACGUGUGCACAUGGCCGUAUAAUGGAGCGCACAUCCCCUGCAUCUGCGCGUUUAUCUGGAUAUCCUGUGUAUGGGAAGGAAGCCGCCACCGCCAGGGAUUGUUCCUCUGUGUAAAUCUUUCCAUCUUCCGCACAUUCCUCCCUUUGUGCGCCGGGCAGUCACGCGCUUCUCUAUUUGCAAGUUGACCUCCGCACAUAUCAUGGAUGACUGACAUAAGUAGCGUCUCCAGAAGCUCCUCAAGAUGCAGAACGAGGUCAUCCCCAAUGAUGCCUGGAUAGAGGAGACGGCUCCGAAACCAUAUAAGAGCGCCCCCGGCAGCCCUCUACGAGACACCCUGCGCAGAGCGGCGGCCGCUGUGUCCUUUGAGGGGGUAACAGGAGAGGCGACCGUAGAAAGGAAGAAGAGAAAGAAGAAGGAACCGCGUCCGGAAUCCAUCAUUGUCUAUCGAUCUGACAACGAGAAGGUCCUGGAGGAGGAGUCCGUCAAUCAGGAAACCGGGGAGAGGAGCGCGGAGGAAGGGUCCAGAUUUCUGGGGACCCCCCUGAGUGAUGGUGGGUGGAAUAUGCCCCCCGACAGCCGUUAUGUCACUUUAACCGGAACGAUCACCCGUGGGAAGAAGAAGGGUCAGAUGGUUGACAUCCAUGUCACGUUGACCGAGAAGGAACUUCAGGAACUGACUCGCUCUCGGGAGCCUUUACAGGACGAGCCGGUGGAGGGGAAGAAGACGUGUUCGGUGGGUCCUGACCGCGGUCCUCACGUCCUCCUGUGGAGCGUCCUCUGUCUGCCGGUGGUCUUCGUCUUGUCCUUCGUGCUCUCCUUCUAUUACGGGACCAUCACUUGGUACAAUAUCUUCUUGGUUUACAAUGAGGAGAGGACUUUCUGGCACAAGAUCACCUUCUGCCCCUUCCUGAUCAUCUUCUACCCCAUCAUCAUCAUGGCGGUGUCCUUCUCUCUGGCCACGUACACGGCGGUGACGCAGAUCUCCUGGUUGUUCGGUGAGUGGUGGCGCGCGGUGAAGGACAUGGAGAAGGGCUUCUGCGGGUGGCUUUGUAGCAAGCUGGGCCACGAGGACUGUUCGCCUUACAGCAUCGUGGAGCUGCUGGACUCGGACAACAUAUCCGGUAGCCUAUCAGUGAAGGGCUCGACACAGGAAGUGGAGACCUCCGCCGUCUGACCUCUACAUGACCUUUUAUUUGGGUUUCUUCUUCAUCUCCUUGACCUUUUAUUUUAAGUAAUUUUUGGAAUGCCGAUCUAUGGAAAGUCCUGUGCCAUGCGGAUUAUGUCCGGUGCCAUGCGGAUUAUGUCCGGUGCCAUGCGGAUUAUGUCCGGUGCCAUGCGGAUUAUGUCCGGUGCCAUGCGGAUUAUGUCCGGUGCCAUGCGGAUUAUGUCCGGUGCCAUGCGGAUUAUGUCCGGUGCCAUGCGGAUUAUGUCCGGUGCCAUGCAGAUUAUGUCCGUUGCCAUGCGGAUUAUGUCCGGUGCCAUGCGGAUUAUGUCCGGUGCCAUGCGGAUUAUGUCCGGUGCCAUGCGGAUUAUGCUGGUGAUUUGUGAAUCUAUUGCAGGCCUGGACUGCAACCGGAGAUUAUACCACUCAGGACCCUAUUCAAGAUCAGUCUUAAAGGUGAAAAACUUUAUUAUUUUAAAUCAACUGGUUAAACAGAUUUGUAAAUUACUUAAUCCUUCCUGUACUUAUUAGCUGCUGAAUACUACAGCGGAAAUUCUUUUCUUUUUGAAACACAGAGCUCUCUACUGACAUUGUGAGCA